UAGCAUAAUCACUUUUAUGAUGAUGAAAAUUGUUUUUGUGAGGAAUGAGUUUUUUGCAGGGAAUCAUUGAUUCCUUUAACUCUGUCUUCUCUCCACAAUCCAUCGAUCAAAAUUCUUCUUCUUUAUCAAUGGAUGCUUCUCCUUCUUCGGUUUCCAACGAACGCGUCGCUUACAAGCUCAAAGGCUACUACGAUUUAGCCACUCAAGAGAUCGAUAAAGCUGUUAGGGCUGAAGAAUGGGGAUUGGUCGAUGACGCUAUUCUUCACUACAGGAAUGCCCAUAGGAUCCUUCUCGAAGCUAAUUCCACUACUGUUCCUUCCUUCAUCACUUCAAGUGAGAAACAAAAGGUACAAUCAUAUCGUCAAAAGAUAUCAAAAUGGCAGGGACAAGUAUCUGAGAGAUUGCAGGCUCUCAAUAGACGAGCAGGUAGCUCCGUUGCCAAUCAGAGCACUUCAAACGUUGCACCAACUGCUGCAGUUCCAACCAAACUAUCAAAUACUACAAAAAAAGUGUUACAAAAGAAUCCUCAAAGAAAAGAUGAGGUGAAUAAAGUUCAAAACCCGAAAUCUAGUCAAACAUCUGGUGAAAAUUAUGACACAAAACUGGUUGAAAUGAUUAACACUGCCAUUGUAGAUAGAAGUCCUUCUGUCCGGUGGGACGAUGUUGGUGGCCUUGAAAAGGCAAAGCAAGCUUUAAUGGAGAUGGUUAUUUUACCAACUAAGAGAAGAGACUUGUUCACUGGUCUUCGAAGGCCAGCUAGAGGUUUGCUUCUUUUUGGUCCACCUGGUAAUGGUAAGACCAUGCUUGCCAAAGCAGUUGCUUCAGAAUCAGAAGCAACAUUUUUUAAUGUCACGGCAGCGUCCUUGACGUCAAAAUGGGUUGGCGAAGCUGAAAAGCUUGUACGGACACUAUUCAUGGUAGCUACAUCGAGACAGCCAUCUGUAAUUUUCAUUGACGAGAUUGAUAGUAUAAUGUCAACAAGGACGACAAAUGAAAAUGAGGCCAGCAGACGAUUAAAAUCAGAAUUCCUUAUCCAGUUUGAUGGGGUGACAUCCAAUCCUGAUGAUAUCGUGAUUGUAAUUGGUGCGACCAAUAAGCCACAGGAACUGGAUGAUGCAGUUCUCAGGAGACUGGUUAAGAGAAUAUACGUACCUUUACCAAAUGAAAAUGUUCGGAAACUUCUGCUAAAACACAAACUCAAGGGUCAAGCAUUCUCCUUACCUAGUAGAGAUCUAGAGAUGCUUGUAAAAGAGACUGAAGGAUACUCUGGAAGUGAUCUGCAAGCGCUGUGUGAAGAAGCUGCAAUGAUGCCAAUUAGAGAGCUGGGUCCUAACAUUCUUACCGUCAAGGCAAAUCAGGUAAGAGGACUGAGGUAUGAGGACUUCAAGAAAGCAAUGGCUGUGAUCAGACCAAGUUUAAACAAAAGUAAAUGGAAAGAGCUUGAGAAGUGGAAUGAAGAAUUUGGCUCAAAUUGAGGUCUUAUUCAGAGAACUUGCUACUAUGAUUUUCGCAUGUGCUUAAAAUUCAAACUAAAAAUGUACAUAAACUGAAAUAUAAAGCAAGACAAGGGCAUCAAUGUUUGUGGCUAAAAUGCAUCGGGUUGAAGCUCUUUACCGAUGGUUAUCCUGAAAUUUUGUAGGCUUGAAGGCUUUGUUUUUAAUUUAGAGACCUGCACAAUACAGCCUUGAAUGGAAUGGCUGUCAUUAUAGCACAAACAUGUGUAUAUUAACUUAAUAAUUAUAUAUAGUAAUUUUAGAAACUUCCAUUA